UAAAAGGGCUGGGGAUGCAGCUCAGUGUGGAGACCUGGGCUACAUCCCCAGUACUGGAAAGACUGAACUCUUGUAGCACUGUGUGACAUCCACGCUUGGGCCACUCCCUAGUACAGUGGCACCGAGCACGUGGUCUGUUGGGUGGCUGUCACGUUCACCGCUGAGCACCCGACACCCCACGCCUCUGCCCCGAGUGCCAGGGUGGCAGCAAAGCCGGGGCUGCAGCGCAUUGUGCUGUCCUAGAACUCGGUGGCUCCAGCCCAUGUGAAAACUGUCCUUCAGGGUCCCCACCUGGGACGCACCAGCUCUCCCUUUUUGAGGCAAGUACUUUGACUUUCCUUUAAAAAUAAAAGUUGGGGUGGGAGGAAACCACACAGCAGGAGCAGAAGUUUGCAGUCGGAGCUGGGUGUGGGGCAGGGAUCCACGUCCCUCCUGUCCAAGGGUGAUGUCAUGGUCCCCGCAGGUGCCGGCAGCUGGUGCCGGCAGCCUUGCUGUGGUGUCGUCACUGUGCUGCUGUGGCGGGCCGGGCCAGAUGGCUUCCUGUACAUGUUUCUGGCCCAAUUCCAACCCUGAACCCUUGGGUCUCAGGGCAGAGCCGCCAUUUCGGCACUCGAUGACUAACCCCCUGCAGAACUUGUCUUGGGGACGCUGCUCAGACACGAGGCCACCCGGAGGCUCAGGGCCAGGGUCCGUGCACAGUCACUUCCUGCUGCCUCCUGUGCCAUCCUCAUGAGUAGCUCCGAGCGGGGCUGGAGCAGGAAACCAGCACUUGGAACUCCAUCCUGGGUUCUGACCUGUCUGGCCUGGCCUGGCCACCUCCCUGGGAAGUCCUCGUCACCACACUGGGCAGCUGAGGGGCUUCCCACGCCGCUCUCUCCUUGGGGUCUGCGAAGCCCAUCAGAGGGACACCGUGACCUGGGCCACCAGUCCUUGCUGGUGACCAUGGGGGGCCGGGCCAACUGACACCAUCCCCCUUUAUCUCAGCACGGCUCCGGAAGCCGGGUGGGGGGCCAGGCAGGAAGCCCAAGGCCACAGCCCAGAGCUGGAGUUGGGAGGACAGCAUGCAGGGACUGCUGCUGUGGCUGCUGGCGUUGGGCCUGGCGGGCAGCACCCCGACCCCCAGCGUCUAUGAUGAGGGUGACGCAGGCACUCUGGGGCCCUGGGUUGGGCCCGAGGCGGCAAGGACCCCGCGGCAGGCCGGCCCGCGCAGCUUCCCUGGCCAGCCCACUGCCAACGACAGCGACACGCUGGUGCUCACGGACAGCUCGAAGGCACUGCUGCUAGGCUGGGUGCCCACCAGGCUGGUGCCUGCACUGUACACACUAGCGCUGGGCGUGGGGCUGCCGGCCAAUGCGCUGGCCCUCUGGGUGCUGGCCACGAGAGGCCCACGGCUGCCAGCUACCGCGCUGCUCAUGAACCUGGCAGCUGCUGACCUGCUGGUGGGCCUGGCACUGCCACCGCGCCUCGCCUACCACCUGCGUGGCCAGCGCUGGCCUUUUGGGGAGGGGGCCUGUCGCGUGGCCACCGCCGCCCUCUAUGGCCACAUGUACGCCUCGGCCCUGCUGCUGGCCGCCAUCAGCCUGGACCGCUACCUGGCCCUGGUGCACCCGCUGCGCGCCCGGACCCUCCGUGGACGCCGCCUGGCUGCCGGGCUCUGUGUGAGCGCCUGGCUUGGGGCCACCGCACUGGCUGCACCCCUGGCCCUGCAGCAGCAGACCUUCCGCCUGGCGGACUCCAGCCACCUGCUGUGCCACGACGCACUGCCCCUGGCCGCCCAGACGGCCCACUGGCGGCCAGUGUUCAUCUGCCUGGCUGUGCUCGGCUGCUUCCUGCCGCUGCUGCUCAUGGCGCUGUGCCACGGGGCCACACUGUACGCCCUGGCAGUGGGUGGCUGGCGCCACGGCCAUGCACUGCGGCUCACGGCCCUGGUGCUGGCCUCAGCUGGGGCCUUUUUCAUGCCCAGCAACAUGCUGCUGCUGCUGCACUACUCAGACCCGAGCCUGGGCGCCUGGGGAGACCUGUACGGGUUUUAUAUGCCCAGCCUGGCGGUCAGCACCCUCAACAGCUGUGUGGACCCCUUCCUGUACUACUACGCGUCCCCUGAGUUCAGGGACAAGGUGCGGGCACAGCUGUGCUGCUGGCUGCCCGGGGCCUCCACUGCCUCCCGGGGCUCCCGGGAAGGGGGCAGCCCAGGCAUUGGUACCCGCUCCUCCUCCCUCCCCUGACAGCUCUUGGGGUGGCUGGGUGGGCUGGGAGACAGGUUCCCCCAAACUCAUGUCCUUCCCAGACCUCGAGCAGAAAUCGGGGGCACUGCUAUCAUGGGAGUUUGGUGGGCCUGGACCCCUGCAUCAGGUUCUGCGAGAAGAGAAGGGGCAGUGCCCAGGGCUGUGGCCGUGGGGAGGGACCAGGAGUGAGGUGGCUACAGCCCCUCUCUAAGGACUGUGGGAGCCACGGGGUCCAGGCGAUGGGUGAGGGACGGAUUCUCCACUGCUGCGCCUUGACCUGGCCUCCUCUGGCACAGGCAGACAAUGGAGCUCUGUCCUGUGAGCUCCAGUCUAUCACCAUAGCCCUGGGGAUCUGAAGGACUAAAUGCAAGGUCCAGACUGUCACAGCCGGAGCUGAAGCUGGGGCCCUGGAGUCCAGCCAGGAAGCUGCCUGCCCACUGCCCCGCUGCCCCGCUCCUCUGCUGACCCCACGUCCUGCAGGGCUCUUGGAGUCCAGGGCCCACCAGCCCUACAUCCCCUCCUCUUGCCCACGGGUGUGGGGGGUCAAAGGGGACUGAUCCAUGGGCCUGGGGACACAGCUGGGCUUUGCAGUUAGUGACCAUGGAUUAAAUGCAUUUGUUACAGUGAAAGCCCAGGGUCAUGAGCCCCGCUGGGACAGGGCGUCACCUGAAGCCAAGACAGGUACAGCCUGGGGGAGGGAC